AAUCGACCAAACGUGGAAGGUGUCAUUUCUUGACUUGUAAUUGAACCAACAACAUGGGUGUCCGUACCAAGACUGUGAAGCGCUCUGCGAUCCAAAUCAUCGAGAAGUACUACGCUCGCUUGAACUUGGACUUCGACUCCAACAAGCGUGUCUGCGACGAAGUGGCCAUCAUCCCUUCCAAGCGCAUGCGCAACAAGAUCGCCGGGUACAUCACGCACUUGAUGAAGCGCAUCCAACGCGGCCCCGUGCGCGGCAUCUCGCUCAAGUUGCAAGAAGAAGAACGCGAACGCCGCUUGGACUUCGUACCGGAUGUCUCUGCCAUCAACGUCGACACCAUCGAACUUGACAACGACACCCGCGACUUGUUGGCCCAUUUGGAAAUCACCCUCCCCGGCAUCCGCGCCGUCCAGGGCCGUGAACAUUAAGUUGUUUGAUCUGUUGAUGAGGCACUGGUUGUACUGGUGUAUAUAAACACUUAACAAGUCAAGUUACACAAACCCA